UAUAAUGAAGGCGACGCAUUCAUAUACAUUGUAUAUGUCUCCAUUCCUUUUCUUGAGCAGACUAUUUUUCCACUUUCCACCACGUUGGUAAAAUAUGACAUGUUUAAAGCGAAAUACCAGCCGAAAAAAAAUCACACAAAAAAUUAGAGGAGGAGAAUUAUUUUUCGACUCUGCAAAGCAGCUUACGUUUUAUAAUAUUGAACGUACUUCAAUUAUUUUUUCACAAUAUUGACCUGUAUUUAGAUUACACUUGCGCGUCGUUUUGACUUUUUAUAAUUGGUGCGAACAUCGUUUUAAUUCCAUUGAAGUGUUAUUUGAUUUCAGCAACUAAGACUUGCUUAUAACGUUUAAAGGUUCAAUUUGAAGACACUAAAAAGCAAGAGAGGUCCUUAUUUGACUGAGGAUGUGUCUUUAAAAAUUCCAAGAAAAGUCAGAAACAAUGGCUUUCGACUCGUGCAUAUGUGGAACCAAGCAAUAAUCUCUCCUCUGAUAACGGAAAAGAUAGAAUCAAUAUUGUCUGCAAAAAAGAAGGAAGAUUCUCCUGAAGGAGGGAUUACUAAAUGUCAUCAAUCGAUUUCCUUCAGAAACAACCCACAUUUGGUGUUAAAAAGGUCAUGAAAUGCUUACUAUAAAGAGCAACGUUAUUGCAUCCAGAAUACGACUGAGAGUUGAUGAAAAAGUCCGAAAUUUCUACGCGUCCGAUCAUUAGAAAAUACUUAUAAUUGAAACCACUCACGUAGCUAGCGCGUAGCUUACAUAACAUUUGUGGGUUUUAUUCUAAAAUAGUGAAAUCUUAGCUUCUUUUUACCAGCAAAAUCUUCAUACAACUGACCAUAAAUGGAAUACAAGCGUGAAAAGUGUCUCAAAAUAGCCACACUUUCUGUUUUUAUCGCCCUUCUAAUCUACCUUCUAGUCGGGUCCCUUCUUCUGUUUACCAUUUAUGGAGGGGAGGGCAAAGUCACCUCUGAGAGGGCAGAUUACAACACUAUCGUGGGGGACUUCAAAGAGGAAUUGAAGGGUUGUUACGAUGCCUUUCUGGCUACGUCGGAACUUUCGACAGAGUAUUCAAAUAGCAGUAGGGUGCGAGACCGAGACUGGUUCCUCUCCUGUUCGGGGGACUCGGCCAGUGUGUUGGCAGCCUCCCUCUUCCACCCCUACCAUACCAGAGUGACCAAACAAGUGUCCCUUCUGCAGACCACAUCUGCCGCCAUUGGUCUCACUCUGUCAUUCGACGAGAGUCACAUUUGUGUCGAAGAACAAACUGAUCGGAACUGUCUGUUCAUCUUAGCAAUAAUUUCCGUAUUUGGAAUAAUCUUUAAUGCCAUUCUUGCCGUUCUCGUGAGUAUUCUCGCCUCGACACGACUGGCGUUUCUCGCGGACCGCAUUCCUUUCAAGGAAAUCUGCAAACAAGUCGUGACACUUUCAUUCACGUGGAUCAUACUCGAAAUUUCCGCGAUUUGUAUAACGUCAAUGAUGGUGUUUCUUGUCAUCAGUAUUUUCGGCUUGGAAGAAACGUUCUAUUUCGACAAUCUGAUUGCUGUUAUGAAUUAUUUUGUUCUCUCACACGCCAAAUACGAUGAAAUUGGUACCUCGAUGGUAAUUCAUUUAGCAAUCACUGACAUUUCUUUGAAGUUGGCCGCUGUUUUCAACUUCUACCUGACCUUGACGAUGUUGCUCCUGGUUCUUAGACGAUUCAGCGAAAAGUACAAAUCAGCUUUCAUUUCAGCUACAUUAGGCUCGACGUCAACCUGUGCAUGUUGCAGUAGACCUCGAAAGGCAGCUGAAAUGUACAACGGAACACUCACCAAUGGAAACACCCUCCCGCUACCCUUAACCCUACCGUGCGGAAACCACACCCAACAUCAUCACUAUAGAACCCUCACCUUGACCGCUUCUAACACACUGAACAACACUCUGAAUUUAAGCCAGAACACUUUGGUCGGAAUUCCCGGAGGCGGCGAGCCCACGGAUGUCUCCCCCAUUGAAACCAGCAACAAAUCAACUAAUAGUGGGGACUUUCUAUCGUCCGGAUCCCAUAGCGAACAUCAAUUGAACACCGAGAAUCAUCAGGCACGACCAUUGCCGACGUUGCCAAGAACCUCCAAAGGUAACAACAAAGAUUCUCCGGACCAUCGGUACUCGACGUCGCCGACAUCCGUAGUCACAAAACUGCAACCUGGAAGCUCUAACAGCACCACCCCCGAGCACUUGUCGUAUCCGGUCCCGAUGCACGAGAUGGAUCAAAUUUACGCCGAGUGGUUUUCGGAAGAGCUAAGCGACUAUUACUCUAUGCCGGAGAAAAAAGCAAGGCUAGCUCAGAUAGAUUCUUGCCAGAAUAGUUCUACUAACUCUUCAUUAUGCUAACUGAUACAUUACUUUUUGUCUUUAACAUCAGAAACUAUGGAUAUCUAAAUGCCUAUGAUGAAAAAGGCAGUUUCUUUAUCAUCGAAACUGAAACACAUCAGAGAAACAAAAUUUUGUGUGUUGUAGAUUUAUGUAGAAAAUUGUACCAAAAAAUAGCUUGCCUGCAGUUUAGAGACUAAUUUAAAAACUUUUGAUUCG